AUGCGCCUUAAGAAAGCAGCAAGAAUUAUAUUAGUUGGGGCUCCGGGAGUAGGAAAGGGCACGCAGGCAGAACGACUUCUACAACGAUUCCCGCAACUUUCUGCCAUUAGUUCCGGGGAUUUAUUGAGAGAUAAUGUCAAAAAUCGGACUCCGUUAGGAAUCAAGGCGGAAAGUACUAUACAGUCUGGCUCUCUUGUUCCUGAUGCCAUGAUACUUCGACUUAUCCUUCACGAAUUGAAAACUCGUGGUUGGUUAUUUCCCUCGUCGGCGCCAUCUAUGACGCUAGCAUCUAGCGCAAUGUCUGCUACCUCCUCACAUUUCGAUACAGAUUCAUAUGUCGAGCAACCAUCACUGGCGGAAGCCUCUUCACCACCUCAAACAUCAAACGACCCCUCAGCUUCUUUUAUACUUGAUGGCUUUCCUCGCACGGCCGAGCAAGCCUAUCAACUCGAUUCACUCAUUCCAAUAAACCUCGUCGUCUCUCUCAAAACUCCGGCGUCUGUCAUACUGGAGCGCAUCGCGGGCAGAUGGGUUCACGCACCAUCUGGUCGAGUUUAUAAUACUACAUUUCAUGCGCCUAAGGUCGCUGGGCUUGACGAUAUCACUGGAGAAAAACUCACAAAGCGACCAGAUGACUGCGAAGAAACUUGGAAGACCCGACUCAAGAAAUUUGAGGAGACAAGUGAACCUUUACUUGAACACUACGCACGCAAAAAUGUAUUGUGGGAAGUUGAAGGAAAUAGCAGCGAUGAGAUUAGUCCUAAAUUAUACCAAGAGUUUGAGAGACGGUUUGCAGAUAUAUAA